AUGCGUUUGGUGCACCCACCACAGGCUACUACAGCCUCUAUCAGACAGCACAAAGCCUUCAACUCUACGGUCGCGUCAGUGGAGCGCUCCGCCGCCUUUACAGAAGCACCUUCACUCCGGAAUUCCCAUGCUGGUAGUGUUUCCACGACCGAUCGAAUCUCGGACUCGCCGUUACAACAUUACACUAAACUCGUAGAAUCUGGUGUCCUUCGUGGCGAUGACCACCAGGUCCGCAUCAUCGGGAAGUUACAGCAUUUCCACGAGCAGCUCAUGACCUAUAAACCACCACCAAUACCCGAACCUGCUGCCUCUGGCUCUCUUUUCUCCAAACUUUUCUCGCGGGGCACGCAACCUGAGCCUUUACCACUAGGGCAGGUACCCAAGGGUCUCUACCUGUAUGGCGAUGUCGGCACUGGCAAGACCAUGCUCAUGGACUUGUUUUACCAAACUUUGCCAUCCUCUAUCACCCGGAAACGAAGAGUGCACUUCCAUGCAUUCAUGAUUGACGUCCAUAAGCGACUUCACGCGGCGAAAGCUGCGAUGGGCUACAAGGGCGGCGAUCCAAUAAUACCCGUAGCAAGAGAUCUGGCCAACGAGGCAUAUAUUUUGUGCUUUGACGAGUUCCAGGUGACUGACAUCGCAGAUGCGAUGAUCUUGCGUCGUCUACUUGAGUCCCUAAUGAGCUAUGGCGUUGUUUGCGUCCUAACCUCUAACCGUCAUCCUGACGAUCUUUACAAGAACGGAAUACAACGUUCCUCAUUUGUCCCAGCCAUAGAAUUAUUGAAGACCCGGUUCGAGGUUACUGAUUUAGAUUCAGGAACUGACUAUAGACGUAUACCCCGUGCACUUUCGCACGUAUAUUACCAUCCCCUCACCCCAGAAAAUCGUACUGAAAUCAAUAAGAUUUUCACUUCGAUUACCUCAGAGGAUGACACGGAUUCCGUCAUUUCGAACAGGAAACUCACGAUCUGGGGACGUACCCUGCUUGUCCCCGAAAGCACAAGUAAAGUGGCGAAGUUUUCAUUCACGGAUCUCUGCGGGAAGCCUCUUAGCGCUGCCGACUAUCUUGAAGUCACGAAGCAGUUCCCCACUGUCUUCGUGCUCGACGUCCCGAAGAUGAACCUCAGUAGCAAGGAUAUGGCUCGCAGAUUUAUCACAUUUAUAGACGCUUGCUACGAGAGCAAAACAAAACUCUUCAUUUCAUCCGAGGUCCCAAUAUACCAAGUCUUUUCUGACGAAGCGAAAGAUAAGUCACAGGUCACAGAUCAUAUGCGAAGCGUAAUGGAUGACUUGGGACUCUCGAGCGACACAGUUGGAGCUAGUUCCAUGUUCACAGGAGACGAAGAGGUUUUUGCAUUCGCACGGGCAUGCUCUCGGCUUGUGCAAAUGGGCAGUCGAGAGUGGGCAGAGAGCGCAGGACAGCAGUAG